CACCACAACCACCCAACCGCGAAUUUCAAAUUUCUACUUUAAGAUCUGUUCAUUGUGGAUGGGAAUUUAUAGUAAAGAAGGACGCGGUCGCAGAUAUUAACCGCCUAUUCAGGUAUCUAGGGUACUCCCGAGUGGCCAAAAAAGAUUUGGGUCGAUCCUUCCACCAUUCCUUACACACAUCGGGCUGCACAGGGAGCGACCUAAUGCCUUGGGACCAGGAGUCACGCGGUUCUGCUCGUUCAAGGACUGGGGAGGAAGUCAUCAAGUAAAGACCACUAUACCUUUGCGACGCGUGGGCUCGUGUUUUAAUUGACCGCUCUCCGAUAUUCCGAUGAUACAACAUAGAUCAGGAGCGAAUGUCUACGAUCCAUCCACCUUACACGACGUCACCAUCUAACUUCCCGGCUCGGAAUCUGAGAUAAAUGGAAUAUAAAGUCGCUCUUCCGACACGAUAUAUUCCUCAACCCUCAACGUCAACCCUCAUGCCUCUCAGAUCCCCCGUUUCUCGAGCUCAAGCUCAACUCAAUGCGAGCGUAAAUUCGGGUGCCCCAAUGACUCCUAAAACGGUCAGGAACGCGCUGGUGGCUAUGGGUUUCCUGGGCGCCAGCUUUGCCGGGUUCUAUUAUGCUCUUAGAGAACGCGACCGUCGCAAGCGUGAAGCAGGAGUACACGAACAAUUCGAAUUGACUAUGGAACAGGCGCAGAAAAGGGGACAUCUUCCGACGAGACUAAACGAAUCCAGCAGUGUUCGAGAUAUUCGAGAUCUCCUCCCAGUUCGAGAGCAUGACGCAAAACACGUCAGCGUGCAGCAAGCACAAAGAAUGGGAGCAUACGGCGAUGGGCAGCGUAUUGAGCAGCCUGCUCCUCAGCCUCAGAAGAGCGAUGGUACUGGAGUAGCUUCAAAGAAGACCUAA